AUGGACAGGCCUGCUACGAGGGACCUUAGGGUCACGGCCUCGUCGUCGACCGGCAUCAGCGCGCAGAUCCGAGACGCAAAGGGCCUCGCGCUCGAGCUCAAGAGCAUUCUCAAGCGCAGGGAGCCGUGGGACCGCGACCUCGAGUUUCAGCGAGAAUCCCUCCGCAAGGCCUACCUCCGCAUCAUCUUCUCGCCGGCCCUGGCGCAGCCGGGCGCGACGGCCCUCCAGCACCGCGGCAGUUCGACCGCCGACGCCCUCUCGACCCUCGGCUCGACCGCCCUCAAAGCGCGCUCGUCCACGCUCGGCCCGGCGUCGUCUACUUCUUCCUCCUCCUCGGCAGCACGUCAGCAACUCGACAUCCUCAACCUCCUGUGGCUCGACACGUCGCACGCCCUCAUCCAGUCGUACCGCUCCCGCCUCGCCACCCUCGACAAGCAGCUCGCGUCGGCGCCAAAGGCGCACAAGGGCGCCAGCAAGUCGCGCAACCAGCACGGCAACGGUGGCGACGUCCAGUCGGCCGCGGUCGGGCCCGUCGCACGCCGCAAGCUCGUCCACGCGUUCCGCCAGUUCCUGUCGCGCGAGGACGACUUUUGGCGCACCCUGUGCGGCCGCCUCGCGAGCCGCCUGUCGCCCGAGGAGGCGCUCGAGCUGCGCGCGGUCGGCAUCGUCCAGAGCGACUUCCUCUCGGCGAGCGACGGCUUCGGCGGCGGCGCCGCCGGCGAGCGAGGCGACAGCUUCGGGCCGGCCGCGACGAGCGGCGCAGACGGUCGGGCGCCGGCGCCGGCCGACCUGAGCGAGGACGAGCGCCGCGUGCGCCGUGCCGCGGUCCUCCCGCUCGCGCACAAGGCGCUCAUCUGCUACGGCGACCUCGCGCGGUACGCCGAGCUGUACAACGAGGCGAGCGUGCCUGCGGCGGUCGCGGCCGGCGGCAACGGCGGCGGGGCAAGGAGAGAAGGCGGGCGGCGAGGCGGCAAGGGAAGACGCGGCGCGGCGAUGGCGGCGGCGGCGGCGGACAAGCGCGUCAAGACGUACAGCAAGGCGGCCGAGUGCUACAACCAGGCAAGGAUGCUGCUUCCCGACAAUGGCAAUCCCUCGAACCAGCUCGCCGUCCUUGCCCAGUACUGCGCCGACCCGCUGUCGUCCGUCUACCACUACUACCGCGCCCUGUCGGUCCGCACGCCCUUCUCUACCGCACGCGCCAACCUCCAGAUCACGUUCGCCAAGGCCAUCGCGAGGUGGUUCUCGAGCGAGGGCGGCGAGCCCGAGGGCGACGAGGGCGUCAAGUUCAGGGCGGCGUUCGUCGUCCUGCAGGGCAUCCUCUACACCAAGGACAAGCUCUCGGAGCUGCCGACGCUCUUGCUCCGCGUCGAAGAGCUGUUCCGCGUCGUACUCGUGGACCGCAUCUUUACCUCGGACGUCGUCACCAAGAUCGUCGUCACGGCGCUCUCGGCCCUGUGGGACGCGCGCAUCUCGCGCUCGUCGUCGACGACCCUGUCGCGCAGCAAGACGGGCUCAACGGCGCUUCCUCCACUCGCGUCUGCAACUGCCACGACGUCGUCUGGCGAGCCGGCGCCCGCCUCGCGCGUCAACCUCGAGCCCGAGGCGCUCGUCCACCUCCUGUCGCUCUUCUCCCUCCUCCUCCGCGUCAGCGCCACCGAGACGAUCGAGCUCUUCUCGACCAACGCCAACACCCUGUCGACGGCCACCACCUCGAGCACGACAGCGCCCGCAUCGGCCAACCCGGCGCAAAACAUCUCGGCUGUCCUGCGCCGUUCCCUUCCUGCCCUGCGCAUCCUCACCAAAUGGCUCAUCGCCCAGCUCGACUACGUCGAGCGCGUCACGCUGCGCCUCGAGGCCGCCGAGCGCAAGCGCCUUGCGCGCGCUCGAGCUCGCGGCCGCACGAGCACGGGCACGUCGGGCCCCGGCGGCGGGAGCGGCGGCGGCGCCGACGAGGGCGAGGGCGAGCAGCACGAGGCGCAGCAGCCGCUGUCGCUCGACUCGUCGGCGUCGAGGGGGAGCGGCGCGACGCCCGGCGCGGCGGCGGGCAGGGCGACGCUCGCCGAGCUCGAGGCGGCGCUCGACGCGCUGUGGGCGGCCUACGCCGACUACGCCAACGCGGUCAAGCUCGCGUUCCCGGCGGCGGCGCUCGGCGACGCGCAGGCGCUCCUCGCCGACGGCGGGUGGCUCGAGGAGGACGUCGAGCUGCUCGGGUUCGCGCCGCUCCGCCGGGCGAUGAGGCCGGCCGACGGCGAGGCGGCGGACACGGCGGGCGCGAGGAUCAGGAGGGUCGGGAGGGACGUGCACCCGAACGACGAGCAGCUCAUGCGCGUUGUCGAGGGGCAGCAGGACGCGCUCGUUCUCGCCGAGUCGCCGCUCGCCCGCAUGUCGCUCAUCGACGGCGCCUACGUCUUCACGCCGCGCGAGCACGCCAACGAGGACACGUCGUUCGACCAACCCGAGCCGGCCGCCGCAGCGCGGCCGCAGGAGGACGACGCCGACGAGGACGAGGAGAUGCUCGACCAGGGCACCGAGGACGACCCUGUCGACCGCGCCAUGCGCAUCGACGCCGCCGACAAGCUCGACAUGGACGGCCUGAGCGACCUCGACGACGACCUCGACGACGACGACGACGACGACGACGAUGACGACGAGGAGCAGAUCGUGUACCCGGGCAGCGGCUCAAGGUCUUCGCCGCAGCCUCACGCCAAGCUUCCCGCACCCGGCGUCUCUCGCUCGUCCUCGCACUACAGCACCCCGAGCGCCAGUCCCGCACGCGUACCCGGCGCCCUGCGUCAGCAGCUCUUCCACGGCGGCGUCCCACCGCUCCACCAGCACCACACGCCGCCUGCCGCGCCGCCCGUCCUCAAGCCCUCCUCGAGCUACACGAGCCCAUCGGCCGCCGGCCCGUCCCUCCUCGGCCCCGCGCCAGGCGGCUCGCCCUCGCUCAACUCGAUGCACUCGAUCUGGUCGACCGCGCCCGGCCUCGGUGGCUCGCCGCUCCUCCCGCCGACCUCGACCCUCGGCGCCCUCCCUCCUCCUUCGAGCUUCGCCCUCGCUCAGCAACAGCCGCAGCAGCAGCAGCAGUCCGUCACGCCUCGCUCGUUCGAGAGCAUCCCCAACCUGACGCACGGCAGCCAGGCGGCUCAACUCGCCGGCUGGCCAGCCAGCGCACCCGGAGCGCAGCACGGCGCGCUCCCGCCACCCGCCGCGAGCGGUGGCGCGCUGUACGGGGGCGCGUUCUCGGCGCCGCUCGCGCACGCGGCGACGCAGGGCGGCGGCGCGCCGACAGCGUACCCGCACGCGCACCAGCACGAGCCGCCGACCUCGACCUCGUCGCGGCCGCCCGGCUUCCCGACGGCCUUUGCCGGGCAGGUCCAGCCACAGCAGCAGCAGUGGGCGAGCACGGCGGUCCCGCCCGGCCUGUCGCCGUACGCCUCGCCGUUCGGGCAGGCGCCGCCGCCGCCGCAGGGUCAGGGAGGAGGAUGGCCGAGCGGGUACAGCUGA